AUGGAGCUGAUAGAGAACAUGGCGGUCAGUGAUCAUGCCAUCCUUCAUGAUCAAGCAUACACGCCAACAAAGAGGAGCCUUCUGGAACUCACAGCCCAAGAUGCAACACUGGCCCAAAACAAGUUAUUGGCCCAAAAGAUAGAGGCCCUAACGGAGCCCCUCAGCAAGCUCCCUCAACAAAUACAAGCAACCAACAAGCUUGAGGAGACACUGAAUCAAUUCAUGCAUAUGUCCAUGUCCAACUAUAGGAGCACAGAGUCAUCCAUCAAGAACCUAGAGAUACAAAUGGGACAAUUAGCCAAACAAAUGGCUGAAAGAUCCACUAACAGUUUUGGAGCCAACACCGAGAAGAAUCCCAAAGAGGAGUGCAAGGUAAUUUUCACUAGGAGGGAAAGUGUUGAGAAGGAAAAGAGAAUUGAGGAGGAUGUGCGUGAUGAGGAAGGAGAAAAGAAAGAAGAGGGAGAAAAAGAUAAGAGUAAGGAGAGUGGUGAUGAGGUCUCAACCACUAAGACCAAGACCAAGAGCCAGUUAGCUCGGGAGGCCAAAAGAGAGAUAUUGUCAGCCUCACCAGAGGAGAUACCAUACCCUCCGGUGCCAUCAAAGAAGGAUAAGGAAUGUUAUUUCAAGUGGUUCCUUGACAUAUUCCAGAACCUGGAGAUUACUAUCCCUUUUGGAGAGGCCAUACAGCAGAUGUCAUUGUACAAAAAGUUCUUAAAGGACAUCCUCAUAGAGAAGGGAAAGUACAUUAACAAUGAAACCAUUAUGGUGGAAGAAAAUUGCAGUGUAGUAAUCCAAAAGCUACCUCCUAAGUUCAAAUAUCUAGGAAGCGUCACCAUCCCAUGCUCUAUUGGGAAUGUAUCCCUAGCAGACCGCUCCAUCACAAGACCGUUCGGGGUAGUUGAAGACGUCCUGGUCAAAGUCCAUCAACUUACUUUUUUGGUGGACUUUGUAAUCAUCGACAUUGAAGAUGUUGAGAUCCCUUUGAUUCUGGGUUGGCCAUUCAUGGUGACUGCAAAGUGUGUUGUGGACAUGGGGAAGGGUAACUUGGGGAUGAGUGUGGAAGACCAGAAAGACACAUUCAACUUGUUUGAGGGAAUUAAGCAUCCUAGUGAUAGCAAGACUUGUUUUAAGGUGGAGGAAAUUGAGCAAAAAGCUAACCUCAUUGUGGGGCACCUAAAUUCUGUUUUUCUAGAAGAAGAUGAAGCCAAGCCAGUUGAGAAUCCUACAUACUCUUCUAGGGCCAAAACAGGUCAAGACCCGAGCCACUCCAGACAUUCCACCUGCUCCUCCACCUGUCGACCAGACCUUUAUGCCUUUUUCUCAAUCAGAUCAGCUCCUCCCUAUGCUGCAUAG